AAAUGAGAAGGCCAAAUGAAGUUGAAUAUAGCAAAACUGCUUUAAUGGGUAUUAUGGAAACAUAAUUUAGCCAACUGGUACGAAGAUAGAUUGGCCCCCAAAUAAUUGCAGAGAGAUCCCAAUGCUACCAAAUCAGUAAUGGAUUUGAUAUAUAAUUUCAGUUACGAGGAGUUGAAGAAGGCAUAUCCAUCCCAGGAGAUAAUGGAUGCUUACUUCCUUUGCCUAGAGUGAAUCGCAAUCCACCAUAUAUUACUAAAGAGAUUAUAGUGCCAGAUGAUGGAUAUGUAUUAUUAUAUAAACAAUUUAAAAGAGAGAAUUCAGAACCGAAUUCCAGACAAAGUUUGAUGCCAAAAACAUUCAGAACAUGUAACUAGGGGAUUGCAGAUCUUUGAUAAAAACCAAUGGCGAUAAAGUUAGCUUCCCAGAAUGUAAUACAACCGUUGCAUAAACUGCAGGAGCUAAAUCAAUCAAAUAAUUGGAUCAAACUAAUAUGCAAUAGAUAUUGGUGGAUCGAGCAGUGCAUCAAAAUUAUACUGACUUUGGUUCCACCUUUCGAAACCAUCCUGAAUAACAUAAUAAAUUCUAUGCCAUUACUACAUACUAGUAAUCCUUUUAACAACCUGAAAACAAUGUGGCUGAAAUUCUCUCAGAUAAAAAGAAGAAGCCAUAAGCAGCUGGUUGUCGAGAGAGAGAUCCCUUUGAUCAAGGCUUGAAAAUGACUUCUGUUAUCACAGGAGAAAAAUACAGAAACUGUAUCAAACCUAUAUCUAAUUGUAGCCAUCGAUCCAAAAGAAAAUACCCAAGUAUAAAGACAAUGGAUUCAUUGCGGAGAUGCAGGAUUGACAACUGCCUAAAAUAACUUAAGAUAGAGCAGCAUGGAUAAUUACAAAAAAAAUGCUAGUUAAGUUCAUCCUUAUGAUAUUGCUACCAGUUUGCCUUUAGCAGGUAAUUCCAUUUCUUAUGCAAUCUAGAUGGUGUUUACACAUUGCAUUCCAAAUACACGGAUCCUGGUUAAUUUAGACACAUUCGAAGCGAUGUCACUAGAAUUAUGAAUAAACCAAUUACAAGGAAAUGAGCAUCAAUUUUAUUAGAUAAUCA